AUGGUCAUGAAGUUCAAAUCGCAUAUAUGCAACCUCACAGGAAGCACCGCCGAGUACAAAGUGCGCCUAUCUUCACAAACCAUUUCUCUGGCAUCAAAUCGCUCCGAAGAUAUCUUCUUCGAAGACCACAUCAUGCCAGGGCCCGGCAGCUUCAAACAAAGCGCAAUCGGCGGCUUCGAGUACGCGGCAAAUUACCUCUUCACAUCCAAAGCAACCUUCGUCUUCGUCGGCGCACGGAGCUCAAUCAGAAUGACCGGCUCUCUCGCCAACGAAGUAGUCCGCGGGCCCUUGACCGGCUGGGAGGAAGAGUUCCUCGACCCCAUGGACGCCAUGCUCGACAAGAUGCGCGAAAUCGCUUUCCGAACCGCUGUCCGUGUGGGCAGAGAUCAGCCGAAUAACAUCACUGACGCCGACCAAACCAUCGCGUUCCAGGGAUCGAAGACACGCUCCAUCUACGUCACGGACUUUCGAUACAUGCUCGUCGCGGGGAUUUUGAGCAUCUUGAGUGUCGUUACUAUUUCGCUUCCCUUCCAUGGCUGGUGGCAGCUCGGCAGGACUGUGUCGCUGAGUCCGUUGGAGAUUGCGAAGGCAUUCGAUGCGCCGAUUCUGGCGCAGGUUGGGAGUAAUCUGGACCUGUCUGAUUCGAAGAAUUUGGGCUCUGUUGCUGGUGUGAGAGUGCAAUAUGGCGUUAAGGGUGACGAGCAGGUGUAUAAUGGUGGGUACGGGGAAGGGCUGAAGCGGAAAUUGGUUAUUGGGUAUGGGGGCUAUGUAGGCAGACCGAAUCGGGGGGAUGUGUUUGGUAGUUGA